UUGGAAUUUUUCCGGGAAAAUGGAACCUGGCAAUGUAUCCUAAGAAUUUUUUUGCGGGAAAAUGUUUCUCAGCAAAUUUGCAGCCCCCAAAUUAGGUUAAAUGCCUGUUCCCAAUUGCUGUCAUUUUGCAAAACCCAGUUUCUAUUGUAAAUGGGAAGAGCUGUAGUUGGGAGCUUGCACGCACCGAGAAGGUGUGUUCUCAGAGUCCCUUGGCCUCCCAGGUGCUGAGUCCCCGGUGAGACCUGAACUUGUAGCACAGGUCACAACAGAACAUGCGUGUGCCCUUGGGACGACGCUGGGACCUAGUAACCUCUGGGCACGUGUUACUGUUGAUGCUUGCGCUUUUGUAAAGACUCCAAUUGCGAAGUAGCCCUCUUCUUGUAUUUUCUGUGAGCGUGUAACAGAAAGGUCUACUCCAGAAUUUCUGUGAUGUCUGCUUAUGUCAGAGUGCAAGGCAGCCCACAGACAGAGAGUAUUGAAGGAUGUUCGUUCCAAGAUCCCUGAAAAUCAAGCGGAACGCUAACGAUGACAGUGGAAGUUAUGUAGCCAAGAAAGUGAAACCCGAGGCAGAAGACCGGGGGCUGGAUGCAAGUGGGGAUGGUCUCGCCGAUGCCUCGGGUACCAAAGGGGCUGCCGCAGCGGCCCACCAGGGAGCCCAACCGCGCCCUAUCCCUGGGCCUACUGGCCCAGUGUCCGAAGGGACUCUGCCCGACUCCGAGCCAGGGACACAGGCUGGCGAUCUCCCCGAAGAGCCGGUGAAGUCCUUCUCCAAAACCCAGCGGCAGGCCGAGCCCGGGGAGCCGGUAUGCGUGGUGUGCGGGCGGUACGGCGAGUACGUGUGCGACGAGACGGACGAAGACGUGUGCAGCCUAGAGUGUAAAGCGAAGCACCUGCUGCAGGUGAGGGGCGCGGAAGCGGCGUCCCAGCCGAGCCGUCCCCAGAAAGCGGGCUCCGAGCCGGCGGCGCCGGGCCCUGCCCCCUACGUCUACACCGAGCACGCCUUCGUCGCGCGCCUUCGGGAGGACCAGAUUGAGACCCUCAGGCGGCAGCUGGGGAUCACGGUCCGAGGCCGAGGCGUCCCCAGGCCCAUCGUUGACUUUGAGCACUGCGGCUUCCCCGAGGCCCUAAACCGCAACCUGAAGGCCUCGGGUUACGAGGUGCCCACUCCCAUCCAGAUGCAGAUGAUUCCGGUGGGCCUUCUGGGUAGGGACGUGCUGGCCAGCGCCGACACCGGCUCCGGGAAAACGGCCGCCUUCCUGCUUCCGGUCAUUGUGCGAGCUCUGUCUCAGAGCAAAUCGCCGUCGGGGCUGGUCCUCACGCCCACACGGGAGCUGGCCAUCCAGAUCGAGCGGCAGGCCAAGGAGCUGAUGAGCGGCCUGCCCUGCCUGAGGACCGCGCUCCUGGUGGGGGGCCUGCCCGUGCCCCCCCAGCGGCACCGCCUGCGCCAGCGCAUUCAGGUUAUCAUAGCAACUCCUGGGCGACUUCUGGAUAUAAUAAAGCAGAGAUCUGUAGAACUCGGCAGUAUAAAAAUUGUAGUAGUGGAUGAAGCUGACACCAUGUUAAAGAUGGGCUUUCAGCAGCAAGUGCUGGACGUUCUGGAGCAGCUGCCUCACGACUGUCAGACCAUCCUGGCGUCAGCCACGAUCCCGGCCAGCGUGGAGCAGCUCGCCAGCCAGCUCCUGCGCGACCCCGUGGCGAUCACCGCCGGGGAGAGGAACCGGCCCUGCCCGAGCGUGCGCCAGAUCGUCCUGUGGGUGGAAGAGCCAGCCAAAAAGAAAAAACUGUUUGAAAUCUUGAACGUGAGUGGGAGCGCGGCCAGCCCCGCGUUGCGCACGGCGUUGGCACUCGUCACGGUUCUGGAGACGGUGCUGUUCAGACGUGGCUCUGGGGGAGCCUGCUGGGAAAUUGCAUCACACACUGCUCUGCUUCCUUCAGAAUUCUGUGGGGUUCAGAUACGUUUUUGUGAAAACAUGCAGUGUAGGCACAAGGAUAAGAAACUCUUCAAGCCUCCAGUGUUGGUUUUUGUGGACUGCAAGCUGGGAGCAGAUCUGUUGAGCGAGGCCGUGCAGAAAGUCACGGGUCUGCAGAGCGCCUCUGUGCACUCAGAUAAGACUCAGACGGAGAGGAAGAGCACGCUGGAGGGGCUGCUCGAAGGAGACUAUGACGUUGUGGUGAGCACAGGGGUCCUGGGAAGAGGCCUGGACUUGGUCAGCGUCAAGUUGGUGGUCAACUUCGACAUGCCCUCCAGCAUGGACGAGUACGUGCAUCAGAUUGGAAGAGUGGGGCGAUUAGGUCAACAUGGAACAGCGAUCACUUUCAUCAAUAACAACUCAAAAAGACUCUUCUGGGACAUUGCAAAACACGUGAAACCCACAGGGUCCCUUCUGCCCCCACAGCUGUUAAAUUCCCCGUACCUUCACGACCAGAGAAGAAAGGAGCAGCAGAAAGACAGACAGACGCAGAGCGAUCUGGUUACGGGGGCCAAUCUUCUGGACAUUAUCAGAAAGCACGAUAGAAGCAGUGCUCAGAAGUGAUUUGUUAGACCACCUUGAAUCACUUUUACUGUGUACCGUCAGUGAAAGUUCUGUGCACUGUUACUGUGUGGGAUGGUAAAUGCGACAUGUACCUGAAA